AUGUUUGUCUUUGUGUUAUUGAUGGUAAUCAUCAACGGAAUACAGCGGUGGAAUGGUGAAGAGUGUUAUGUUGAUGCAGUGGACACAGCGGUUGCAAGCUAUAACUUGAAAAGUUACAUCUCGUAUCUUCCAUUGACACACAUUUACGAACGAGCUAAUCAGAUCCUAACAGUGUACUUUGGUGUUGCUGUUAGAUUCUACCAAGGGCCUCCUAACCAGACUCCGACAUCUGAAUCUGAAGAAUGUUUCGAGGUUACGACAGAUGAGAUUGAUAAAGAAGGAGGCAGAGGAAUUAGGAAGCGAUGGAAUCCAGUGGUAAGCAACGAGCAGAGGAAAAAUAGUUUCUGGAAGAGGGUUGCAGACUAUUACAAAGCUCAUGUUGGAGGAACCGAUUCAAACGCAAGAGGGACUUCACAAUGUAAGGCAAGGUGGAAUAAGAUAAACCACCAAGUCAACAAGUUUGUUGGGUGUUACGCACAAGCGAGUACAAGAAGGAAAAGUGGAGAAUCAGAAGAUGAUGUUUUGAGAAUGGUGUAUGAGUUUUACAAGAAUGACAUGGACAAGCCAUUUCUGCUAGGACAUUGUUGGAGAGAACUGAAGAAUGAUCAGAAAUGGAUCACAGAACACCAUGAGGAAUGUGGCAAUAAGCGGACUAAGCUUGCUUCUGAAGGAGAAUUCGCAGCUACUUCGAGCAACGGUGGAGAUGAGAUGAGGCCUCCGGGGGUUAAAGCUGCCAAGAAGAAAGGGAAGAAACCAGCAGUUAGUAGUGAUGUUCCGGAUGGUUUUGUCGAUAGGUUGGAUAAGAUAAUAGCAAUGAAGGAUCAGGAACAGUCGGCUAAAGAGAAGCAUGGCAAAAUGAGAUUGCUAGACAGCCUGCUUAACAAGAGUGAACUAACACCCGCUGAAGUACUACUUAGAGACAAACUCCUUGAUCAAAUGUUGACAAACAUUUAG